AUGGAAGCCAUGCUGCAAGUAUAUCGUCGUUCGAGCGAAUCCGUCGUCACACAUCAAGUUUCAAGAUCUAUGCGCGUAAAACUUGACGACCAACGUCGUUCAAGUGAAACGAAAAAGAGUGAUAUAAUUGCAGCUAGAAGACAUGCUACGUAUGAAUUGAAUUGGUAUGACUAUAAUAAGUCUAAGUUGAAAGAUGUAGAUUGUAUUGAAGAGUCUGCACAAGAUACGAAUCAGAUAUUCUCUGAAUCACUUGUACAAUCUCCUACAACAUCUCCUAUGUUACAAGAAAUAAUACCUGCUCCAUCAAAUAUUACAAAUUCCAUGGUUACAUUAGAAGCAAAGAAUUUGGAAAGAGAAAGUACGUGUUCACAUGUAUCAGAACAAGAACAUCCAUUUUUUGGUGGUAUUACUAUAACUACCCUUCAAGUUGUUGAAGUUGAAAAUCAGAGUUCUCAGAAAAAAAAUAAUUCAAAUAAUAGCUCUUCUUUACCACGUAAAAUCGAUAAUAAUAUUAGCUCUUUUUUACCACGUAAAAUCGAUAAUAAUAAUAGCUCUUCUUUACCACGUAAAAUCGAUAAUAAUAUUAGCUCUUCUUUACCACAUAAAAUCGAAAAUAAUAUCAGUAAAUCUUUUACAAAUGUUAUUCAAGGUUAUGAGGAUCAACAUGCAAAGUUUCCUGAAUCUUUAGAAUCUCAAGUUGUUUUAAAACAGAAAGAUCGAUUGAGAUCAAGAAAACCAACACAUAUAGUAAAGACUAAGAGGCAAAGUCGAUUGUAUGAUGCAAAUGUGAGCGCGCAAGCAUAUUCAAAAACGGUGGUUUUGUCUUCAAAACGUUCAUCCCUGGGUCACUUUAGUUCAACUUAUACGCAAAAAUAUCCUGGAAUGGUACCAUUGCCUUCAAAAGAAUCGGUAUCUAACAAUCCUCAUUCUAAAAAACUGAUUAGGAAAAAACGUAUGUUGGUAAAUUCCACGACAUGCAAUCCUUCAUAUUCAAAUGAUCCAACCGAUAUGGAAAGCGACAUGCCUAUAUCAAAUAAUCAAGGAAAUCGAUGGUUACCAACUCGUCAUACU